CGGAGACUCCUUUUUAGUUCUUCAUCGCCACACAUCAUAAAAUUACGUCGAUAUCACUUUUGGUAGUUGGUACACUUUCCAGGUUGGUCGCCGAUCGGUUUAAAGCCUCUAAUCACGGCGGAGUCCCGCACCACCGCUUCAAUCCCUCCGCCGGCUGCCGCGGAUCUAUUUUCUCCGUCGAAGACCCGGUUUUAGUUGGGGGUUUUCAGGGAAAUUGCUCGCCGGAUUAAAAUGAACGACGAGGCCGCAUCAAACAUGUAGUUCGCUCGCUGGAGCCAGCUGGUUCAGCAGCAGGGAUUGAAUUCUCGAUUCUGCUCUCUCGAAGAGCGAAGCAACCUGCGAUUUCCCUGCUUCAAUGGAUCAAGAGAGCGAGUUUCUGCCGCAGUAUGAGCACAUACAACAGAAUGAAUUUUCGUACAGAAAACACAAGAAGCAGAAGGAAGAGGAUAUUGCAAUCUGCGAAUGCAAAUUCGACCAAAAUGACCCUGAAAGUGCGUGUUCUGAAAGGUGCUUGAAUUGGCUAACAAGUACAGAGUGCACUCCUGGUUAUUGCCCCUGUGACAUCCAUUGCAAGAAUCAGAAAUUUCAGAAAUGUGAGUAUGCUAAAACACUGUUGGUCAAGACGGAGGGUCGUGGAUGGGGUCUUAUUGCUGAUGAGGAUAUAGAGGCUGGGCAGUUCAUCAUUGAGUAUUGUGGUGAAGUAAUAUCCUGGAAAGAGGCAAGGCGAAGGUCCCAUUUUUAUGAAUCCCUAGGUCUGAAAGAUGCAUAUAUAAUUUCGCUGAAUGCUGUUGAGUCCAUUGAUGCCACUAGAAAAGGAAGUCAUGCUAGGUUCAUAAACCAUUCAUGCCAACCAAAUUGUGAGACGAGGAAGUGGCAUGUUAUGGGGGAAAUACGGGUUGGAAUAUUUGCAAAGCAAGAUAUUCCAAUUGGAACCGAACUGUCAUAUGAUUAUAAUUUUGAAUGGUAUGGCGGUGCAAAGGUUCGUUGUUUGUGCGGUGCAGUCAGCUGUUCUGGUUUUCUUGGUGCAAAAUCUCGUGGUUUCCAGGAGGAUACAUAUCUAUGGGAGGACGACGAUGAUAGGUAUUCAGUUGAAAAAAUUCCAUUGUAUGAUUCUGCAGAGGAUGAGCCCUUGUCCAAGCUUCCCAGGACUAGCAGUCCUACAUCCGAGUUGCGAGAGAUUAAUGAAUACCCCAUGUCAAUGAACACUGACAAUGGACCUGAAAAUUACUUCAGGCCCGCUGGUGUUGGUGACAUGCCACUUGAUCUAGAACCAGUUGACCAAACAGUAGCAUAUCCGGUAAAAUCUGAAGCAACUGGAGAGUCGAAGAAUGUGUAUUCUCAAGACACCCCACAGCCAUUUGCACCAAAGAGUGCAGUGAUUUCCCGCAUCCGAAAGCAUCAGAUUAGUGGACCCCGUUCCAUCCCUAGGAAACGAAUGAAGAAUAUUUCUGUAGGGAAGUCUAAACAGGUUGCAGAGAAGCAAAUGGAUGCGAAACGUGUUGCAGAACUGUUGUCCUUGAAAGAAGCAAAGCAGGAAGUUCUUAUAUACGAGGAUUUGAAGAACGACGCAGCCUCUGAGCUUGCGAACCUGUACAGCGAGAUAAGGCCGGCCAUUGAGGAGCACGAGAGGGAUAGCCAAGACAGCGUGGCGACCAGUGUAGCUGAGAAGUGGAUCGAGGCUAGCUGCAUGAAGUUGAAGGCCGAUUUCGACCUUUACUCGUGCAUUAUCAAGAAUGUGGCCUACAACAUUCCCAAGGCGCAGAACCAGACAGGAAUGGACGUGGAUGGUGACGUGAAGUACCUAGGAAUCUAAUGGAUGAUACCGUGGCUUACAAUCGGCUGCUGGUGUAGUGCAUACAUUUCUCUGUAGGAAGUAGGAACAUUAUAAUUGUUUGAUCCAAUUCCAACCAAAAGGGUGAUUCUGUUUACAUAACUCAAGACUCAUUACUUUGGUAGAGUUCCUAUGUAAACACCUGGUCACGAACGCAGGAGUAUACGGUAUGACAACGGGAAGAAUGAAUCAUUUGUACAACAGAUCCAGAUUUUAUAUAAAUGUUUCAGGGAAGAUUGUAUAAUAACAGCACCAGUGGUCUAGUGGUAGAAUAGUACCCUGCCACGGUACAGACCCGGGUUCGAUUCCCGGCUGGUGCAUACUUUUUAAGUUUUCCACUCCAUUUCCACUUUUACAAAAUCUUCAAUUAUUUGGCCUCAUUUUG